CCACAACGACUACGACUCUGCAUUUGCAGUUUUUUUUUAUCGCAUUUGUGUUUUUUCUCGCUGCUCUUUUGGAAUUGCUUUCCAUUUUAAUUCUACUCCAAAAUGAGGAAGCAGAGCUCCGGCGGAGGCCACCGCCAGCAAGCCGAGCUGUCGUGGAGACGCGUGGUGGUGCGGAAGUGGCUCAACAUCUCCACCAACAACUCCGAUUAUUCCGCCGAUACGGAGUCCGAUUCGGAUUCGGAUGGCGACACAGGUACAGAAGGUUGUGAUUAUACCACGGGCAGAGAAUCGCGGUUCAAGCAUGAGAAGCAGGAUGCAGUUCAGGUUGAUGCUAAUAGUAAUGCUUCAGAUGGACUUCCCAAGUUAAGGAGACGAAAAUCUGAGACUUUUAGAGCUCAGUACAUACAUGCUAAGGAAAUCAAAAUAUGUGCUGCAACGUGGAAUGUCGGGGGAAGAGUUCCUCCGGAUGAGCUAGAUCUUGAUGGUUGGUUAGAUAUUGAGGAUCCUGCAGAUGUUUAUGUGAUCGGCCUCCAGGAAAUCAUUCCCCUGAAUGCUGGUAAUAUAUUUGGAGCUGAAGACAGCCGCCCGAUUAUUAAGUGGGAAAAUAUAAUACGAGAAGCACUAAACCAAAUCCCGCCAAAAAUGAAUUUUAAAAGCUUUACUGAUCCUCCUUCUCCGUCAAAGUUUAAGGCAUCUGAAGAUGCUCCAAGCAUAGAAGAUGAAAUUGUGCUUGAAUCAGACAGCGAUGUCGAGGAGGAAAUUUACCCACUGAAUGAAGAGUUGGAGGAAAUCAAGGAUGGGAUAAUCGACUUAAGAAACUCAGGUGAUCAAGAGUUAGAACGGCAAUUUUCAUCUCCCAAAAAGCUUGACAGAUUGAAUUGCCUAAGGACAGAGAGUCCUGAAGAAAAUGAAGAAGUUCCGGAUGCACAAUACUUAAAAAAAUUUACCAGAGCACUUAGUGGGACGGAGAGGAUUGGAUUAAGUUGGCCGGAGCGACCUCUUCAUCUCUUAGCACCACAUGUCUUUGAGAGACCUAAAUCUUUCAAAUCUUCUAAAUCUUUUGGUACAUACAAUUCUUUUAAUUCGAAUAUGGUUCCUGAUAGGAGGAUACAGUUGGACUUAGCUUCACUUUCUAAGCUUGAUCUUGAAUCCUUGAUCAACCGAAAGAGAAGGCCACCAUAUCUUCGAAUUGUUAGCAAACAAAUGGUGGGAAUCUUUCUUACUAUAUGGGUUCGUAGGAACUUGAGAAGGCACAUACAAAACUUAAGUGUAUCUACAGUUGGUGUCGGUGUCUUGGGCUACAUUGGCAACAAGGGGUCUAUUUCGGUCAGCAUGUCUAUACAUCAGACGCUCUUCUGCUUUGUUUGCACCCAUCUGACGUCGGGCGAGAAAGAGAUAGAUGCAAUCAAAAGAAAUGCAGAUGUGCAAGAAAUACAUCGGCGCACACAGUUCAACUCAUUUGCCAGUAUUGGGCUUCCCAAAAGAAUCUACGACCAUGAGAGAAUAAUUUGGCUGGGAGACCUAAAUUAUCGAAUCAAUUUAUCGUAUGAUCGAACCCGAGAACUGAUAUCCAAAAAGAACUGGUCCAUGCUAUCCGAGUGGGAUCAGCUGGUAAAGGAGCUAAGAAAAGGCCGCGCAUUUGAUGGAUGGUCUGAAGGCACUUUGAGCUUUGCCCCGACUUACAAAUAUGAACUCAACUCUGAAUCUUACUAUGGAAAGGAUCCCAAGGCCGGGAGGCGAACCCCUGCAUGGUGCGAUCGUGUACUUUCAUUCGGAGCAGGAAUGAAGCUUCUGAGCUACAGGAGAUCCGAACUCAAACUAUCCGACCAUCGCCCUGUGACAGCCUCUUACACAGUGGAAGUCGAAGUAUUUUCACCUCGAAAGCUGCAGCGAGCUCUCACAUUCACUGAUGCAGAGAUCGACGAACAGGACAUCAUCUCUGAAAUUCGAACAGGCAGCCGGUUUAGACCUCCCGAUCAGGAUUCGACAUAUUAGGGGGUGAGGGACAUUAGCUUAGGAGAAUGAAGAUCUAUGACUAUUACUAUGCGUGGAUGAACAUUGAUGUAAGUUGUUACGCAUUCUUUCUUUUUAUUCUUUGCAUUGUCUGCUAGCUAUUGUCAAUGGUGGUAUAUAUGGCGUGUGUAUAUUUAUGUGUUUUGUUCGUGUUCGUGCUCACCUUCAGAGGAACUAUAUAUAUAUAUAUGUGUGUUGUGUCUCUUCUAUUGU